CACGUGUAUGUGAAUGUAUUUUAUGCUGUCGUGCAUCAGGACAUUCACGAAACAUCAUGGGGCAGGCAGCAGCAAAGACGGCACGGCGGCUUCCAACGGAAGCUGCAAAGGUGGAGCGCAUCAAGGAGGUCCAGGGAGCCGCCCAAGCGGCGCGCGCUGCACAGAAGCACAGCCAGCAGCCACAACAACAAACACAAGCGAAGGCACAAGCAACCCGCUCGGAACCAUCAGCAGCACCAGCAGCAGGACAAACACAGCAACAAGCACAGCCACAGGAACAGCGCAAGCAACCUUCACCACAAGAGGAGGCAUCGUUCCUUGAGGCAGUGAAGAAGCUGCACAUCACCUCGCGGGAGGCACCCGAGGCCGAGUUCCAGCAGCACCCAUCGCCAGCCGCCCCGCCAGGACGCGUGGCACAGGAGCAGCAGCCCGCUGCGCAGAAGCAGGCCGCAGAGCACGCGCGGGCACACGAGGAGGCCAUGCUGCGUAAGGGCCACGAGGAGCGCACGCAGCCCAACGCGUUUUCGCUGCAGAAGGAGUCUGCCUCGUCCAUCCAGCAGCGGCACGCGGACGAGCUGCUGGAACAUGUGGAGGGUCGGCUCAACUUCAAGCAGCUGCGAGCCGUGUUUGCCAUGCACCAGCACGACCCAUCCAAGUUCACGCCGGCCAUGCUCGCGUCACGUGUGAAGGUUGACGCGUCAAAACUGGAGACACUCUUCAAGCACGCCACCCUCCCCGAUGCCCUCCUCAUGGCUGUGCCCGCCGACAGCAGCGGUGACAAGAAGGACGCUGGUGAAGCUGAUGGGGAUGGUACUGUUGAUGCUGGUGCUGGUGCUACAACAGCAGUCAAAGAGCAGAAGCCAAACAUGUAAAUGUAAUGUCGUGGUUUUGACGCGUGUAUGUGUGUGUGAGUAUGUGUGUAUGUGUGUAUGUUGUGCUUGUACCCUUGUGCGUGCGUGCGUGCGUGCGUGCGUGCGUGCGUGUGUGCGUGUGUGUGUGUGUGUGUGUG